AUGAGUUCUCUUGUUAAUAGUGACGACGUGCCAAUAUCAAAUCUACCGAACAACGAUAGAAUUCUUCGUUUGAAACAAAUCUUUUGUGAUGAAUUCGGGUGUGAACCACUAUUUUAUGUUCGAGUGCCGGGCCGUGUCAAUCUCAUUGGCGAGCACAUCGAUUAUUGUGGCUAUCCAGUGUUGCCCAUGGCGUUGGAGCAGGAUAUUUUGAUUGCCGCUGGAUUAAUUAAUGAACCAAAACUGUAUUUAAAAAAUGUUAAUAAUAAAUAUGAUAAAUUUGAUACUGACAUUCGAAGCCAUGACAAUAUUAAAAUUAUAUCGGACGUCGACGGAAAGCCAUUUUGGUAUAAUUAUGUAUUAUGUGGAGUAAAGGGAGGGUUGGAAUUUUUAAACAAUAAAAUUGUUAAAGGCCUACAACUUUGUGUAGAUGGAAAUGUCCCUCCAGCGUCUGGUCUUUCAAGCUCGUCAGCAUUAGUAAGUGCUGCAUGUUUGGCUUUGUUGUAUGCACAGAAUGUACCUUUGAGUAAAACUGAAAUUGCUUCUUUGUGUGCAAAAAGUGAAAGAUAUAUUGGAACUGAAGGAGGUGGAAUGGAUCAAGCAAUUGCCUUUCUGGGCCAAAAAAAUUGUGCUCAAUACAUUACAUGGCAACCCUUGAAAGCUACGCCAGUAACUCUACCAGCGAAUGCUGUUUUCAUCGUUGCUCAUAGUUUGGCAAAAUUAAAUAAAGCAGCUACUAAUGAUUACAAUCGACGUGUUACAGAAUGUCGACUGGCGGCUAAAAUUCUAGUUACAUGCGCAGGUGCCAUAACUGAUAAGAAAAUUAUUACUCUCGGCCAAGCACAACAUAAGCUUGAUAAGAAUCUUGAAGAUAUGGUGAAACUUGUCCAUGAGUAUUUACCAAAAGAUGUAUAUACAAAACACAAUGUUUGUGAGAUUUUAAACAUCAGUGAAAAAGAGUUGAACGAAUUGUAUUGUGCAGCAAACACAAAACACUUAACAGAAUUUAAAUUAAAACAGCGCGCCUUGCACGUUUACGAAGAAGCGAUUCGUGUGGAAGAAUUUCGUAAACAAUGUGUGGAAUCUGUUCAAAACAAAAACGGUGUCAAUGGCGUCUGUGAAACAAAAGAGUAUACUGUUCAUGAGAAUGGUCACAGAAACGACAGUGUUUGUAAUGUCCUAGGACAGCUAAUGACAGAGAGUCAUAAAAGUUUGAAGAACCUUUACGAGUGUUCGCAUGCAAACUUGGACUAUCUAGUUGAAUUGUUAGAAGAAAUAAAUGUUCACUCCCGCCUGACUGGGGCAGGAUGGGGCGGUUUAAAGGAAGAAUCUAAACCUACAACAACUGAAUUAAAAACCUGUUGGUCUUCAUCAUAUAAAGUAAUAGGAUCUGACCAAGAUAUAAAUGAAGUAGUGUGUGUUUCCUUAGAUAGAGAAAGAGUUGGACCGCAUACUCCAGAAGGAGAUGAAAAGGAGAAUCUAGAAGAUAAUAACAAUUAUCAAUCUAACAAAAAGUCUAAAGCAACUGCCAAGAGAAGAAGCAGAAGGAAUAAACUAAAAUCACAUAGAUCCUCAGAAAAUUAUUCCAAUGGUACUUCAAAUGAUCUAAAUUGUUUACAUGUAUGUGAAUGUUCUGGUCAAAAUGCUAUAUUAAAUCAUACCAUACAAAAAAGAGAUGAGAAAGACAAUCAAAUAAAUAAAAAAGAAGAAGAAAACAAAAAGAUGUCUGAUAAUAAAUCUAGAGAUGAUGUUAAAGCUGCUAGACAAGCAAAGAAACUGGCAAAACAGAAAGGAAAAGCUAAAGAUUCUACAGAAGUAAAAGAUAAACCUGAAGAAGUGACAAAACAAGAUGUAGAAGUAACAAAACAAUCUGUGGAAGUGGCAAACGAACAAGCAGAAGUAAUAGAUAAAGUGACAGAAAUAAAGGGAACAGGAUCUUCUCCUAAAAGUAAAGAUGAAGUAGAUAAAGUAGGUCUUAAAGUAGAAUCUGUGUCAAUAGAUGGUGAUAAAGAUAAGGAACAAAUAAAGGCUGAAAGAGCUGCAAAGAAGGCAGCUAAACAAGCUAAGAAAAGAGGUGCAGGGGAGGGAGAAGCACCUAAAGGUAAUGAACAAGUUUCUGAAGCAAGUGACAGUAAUUUGUCUAAACCUGUCAAUGAAGAUAUGACCGUGAAAGAUGUUGUUGAGACAUUGAGAGAUAUUGUGAUUGUGGCAAAAGAUAUUAAAAAUGUUACAGACAAAGUUAGUGCUAUUGAUUUAAGUGGGAGAAAGUCACAACCAGACGGAAACAAAAAAAGUAAACCAGAGGAGAGUGGAAAAAGCAAAGCAGAGUUAAAGGCAGAAAGACGGGCCAAACAAGAAGCGCAAAGAGCACUUAAACAAGCCUCUCAAGAACAUAAAGAAGUUACUAAACCUAAAGCAGAUGUUAAAGCAAUUGUUACGAAAGAUACUCCUAGUAAAGAUGAUAAAAUAGUGAAAGCAAAGGCUGAAAAAUCUAAAGCAAAAUCUCUGAAUUCCCACAGAGUCAAUUGGUUCCAGCAUCUAUACAAAGAACAAGACAAACCUCUUAAGUCUAUUGCAAUAAAUUCACACUUGCAUCCAGCCAUUAUUAAGUUGGGUGUGCAGUUGGCGACGAGGGUUGUGACCGGCUCGAAUGCUAGGUGCGUCGCUCUAUUGGACGCUCUCAAAAAGAUGGUCCGAGACUACACGCUGCCAGCCAAAACAGAGUUUGGUCGGGGUCUGGAGGCUCAUCUGGCGGCCAGUGUCGAGUUCUUGUGGGCGCAGCGCGCACCUUCUGCGUCACAGAGCAACGCUGUCAAGUUCUUCCGCUACCAUCUCACUCAGCUACCCAAUAAUGUUGAUGAAUUUGACGCAAAGAAAACUUUACAAGAAGAGAUUGACAGAUACAUCAGAGAGCAAAUCGAUAUGGCCGGUGAGGCUAUCAGUAUAGCAGUGCGCAACAAGAUCUCUGAAGGAGACAAUAUAUUGACCUAUGGACGGUCGUCGCUGGUGGAGCGCAUCCUGCGCGAGGCGUGGUCGGGCGGCGCGCGGUUCCGCGUGGUGGUGGCGGGGUCGCGCGCGCUGGCCGCGCACGGGCUGCUGCGCGCGCUCGUGGCGCACGGCCUGCCCUGCACCUACGUCGACAUCACGGCGCUGCAGCACGUCAUGAGCACGAUCAACAAGGUGAUAGUGGGCGCGGGCGCGCUGCUGGGCAACGGGUCGGUGCUGGGCGCGGUCGGCACGGCGCAGGUGGCGCUGGCGGCGCGCGCGCACAACGUGCCCACGCUCGUGGCCUGCGAGACGCACAAGUUCAGCCCGCGCGUGCAGACCGACGCCUUCGUCUACAACGAGAUCGGCGAUCCAGAUGACCUAGUUGAUAAAUCAGACAACAACUCACCCUUAAAGGACUGGCGUUCGAAUCCGAACCUGACGCCAUUAAACCUAACCUAUGAUGUCACACCCGCCAGCCUCGUCACUGCUGUCGUCACGGAGCUAGCCAUCUUGCCUUGCACCAGCGCCCCUGUCGUGUUGAGGUUCAAAUUGUCGGAAUAUGGUGUAUAA